AGACUUUCCAUUCUUUGAAAUGUUAUUGUUCAGUGGAGGACAAAGUAUCUCCAACCUUGCAGUUUUCUCGAGGCAAGGUAGAGAGAGAAAUUUGCACGUUCCAGUUCUCUUACAAGAGGUUAUCGAAAACGCAGUGCAAGCAAAUGUGGCUGGAAAAGUGUUUGUGGACUGUACAGUGGGAGCUGGAGGUCAUUGCCAAAAGAUUAUGGAGUUGGGAAUUUUCUCCAGAUGUAUAGCUAUCGACAAGGAUGAGAACUGCAGAAAGUUUCUCGAGGAAAGCAACUUGACGCAUUCUGUACGGUUUGUACAAGGCAGUUUUGCCAAGAUAGUUGAGAUUCUUACUCAAGAAAAAGUGACAAGUCAAGAUGUUGGUUUCAUUCUUGCGGAUUUGGGGGUUUCUUCAAUGCAACUGGAUAAUGCUAGUCGUGGUUUUAGUUUCUCUCAUGAUGGUCCACUAGAUAUGAGAAUGGAUCUUUCACAGAGUACAACAGCUUGGCAAGUUGUCAAUCAGUCCAGCGAAGAAGCAUUGGGUAACAUAAUUCGGGAAUUAGGAGAAGAACGUAAGUGGAAACGUGUGGCCGCAGCUAUUGUUAAAGAGAGACAAAGGAAUCCUAUCAACACAACUUGUCAAUUGGCAAAUAUUGUUUGUAAUGCAAAGAAGGAACGUGCGAGAUAUCGAAAAAUUCAUCCUGCAACACUUACUUUCCAGUCAUUACGUCUCUUUGUGAAUAGCGAGUUGAACGAAUUGAACACAUUUAUCCCAAUGGCCCUCUCAUGUUUAGGACCCGUUGGUAGAUUAGCUAUUAUAUCUUUUCAUUCAUUGGAAGAUAGAAUAGUCAAGCAAACAUUUAAAGAAUAUGCAGAGAAGAGUGAAUUUCGUAUAUUGACUAAGAAGCCGAUAGUUCCUUCAGAAGAAGAAAGAGAAGUAAAUAUUCGAUGUCGAAGUGCCAAAAUGAGAGUUAUUGAGCGUUAUCCAAAAGGAAAUGAAAGAGAUUUUACUCAACAUUAAACAAACAUUGUUCUUAAGAAUCUGAAUUUGAA